AUGGUUCUUCUUGUGUUGGUAUUAGCAGUUUUUACAAACCCAGCUUUCUCCACAACACCACUAUCUCCUAAUUUCUAUGAUCAAUCAUGUCCCAACGCUUUAAACACAAUCAAACGAGUCGUUGCGGCUGCGAUUCUGAAGGAGACUCGAAUGGGAGCUUCCUUGCUUCGUUUACACUUCCAUGAUUGCUUUGUCAAUGGAUGUGAUGGGUCUGUUCUUUUGGAUGCCACCCCAACUAUUGACAGCGAGAAGAAUGCACUGCCUAACUUGAAUUCAGUUCGAGGAUUUGAAGUUAUUGAUGAGAUAAAGAAAGAGGUGGACCAAGCAUGUGGAGGCCAUGUUGUUUCGUGUGCUGACAUCUUGGCUGUUGCAGCUCGUGAUUCCAUCGUCGCACUAGGGGGACCAAGAUGGGAGGUUAACCUGGGAAGAAGAGACUCCAGAAACGCGAGCCGAGUGGAUGCAAACAAUAACCUACCGUCACCAUUUUCGGAUUUGGCUCAGCUCACAGAGAGCUUCAACAAGCAAGGGCUUGACCAGAAUGACUUGGUUCUUCUAUCUGCUGCGCACACCAUUGGAUUCGCCCGCUGUGUUACUUUUAGAAACCGCAUCUACAACGACUCCAACAUCGAUCCCCUCUUUGCUGCACGACUCCAGUACACUGUAUGCCCUAGAACUGGAGGUGACGACAACCUAGCACCGUUGGACUCAACACCUGCAAUCUUUGACGGGUCUUACUUUUUGAAUUUGGUUCAGAAGAAAGGAAUUCUUCACUCUGAUCAAGCUCUCUUCAAUGGGGGUUCUACUGAUGCACUGGUCAAACAGUACAUCCUAAACCAUCUAGAUUUCUACAAGGGCUUUGCUUCUUCCAUGGUUAAGAUGGGAAAUAUAAAGCCACUCACUGGGAAUGAAGGCGAGAUCCGUGUCAAUUGCAGAAGCGUGAACUGAUAUAUGGAGUGUGAAAAAUAUGAAGCA